AGUGUUAUCGAAUGUAGAGCCAACUAGUUGGAUCCAAAUCACUCCCUGCUUUAACUUUUUGGAGCUCCUGCUUUUCGCAUUAUUUUGACUUGACAAUUUGAAGGCACAAAAGCAUCGCUGGUGACAUAGACUGGGGGGUCUCCUUUGGUUUUGUACCGUUAAACAGUGCUUUGAAUCUUCUUGAAUUUCAGAGAGUUUGAAAAAUAUAUUGCAGUAUAAGCUGGGAACUGUACCAUCUUGCUUUCUGAGCCAAAAAGGUAUAUUAUUCUUCAAGGAUUUGAAUCAUUCGGCACUAUUUGGACAAGUACUGAGGGAUCCCUCUUGUUGGUGAGAGUAAAAGCAAGCUUCUAAGAAAAUUGGAAGAGGGCUUACUUGCCAUUGAGGAACAAAAAGUCUGAAAUUAGUUAAAAGGGUGUUAUCGAUGGUUGCUCUGUUGUUCCUGAAUGAAACGUUAGCGAGUUGGUGGUAAUAUAGAAGAACAUGUCCUUCAGUUUAUUCGUAUCGUUUGACUUUUGAGCAUGUAGGAACGAACAUACGGGUUUGAUGGUUGCUGAGUCUUGAGAUUGAGAUUUACUCCCCUGGAGGUGAGCGGUUGUUUUGGAAUCAACAAUGCCGAUGAGUCGAGAACAAGAGAAGCGAGGAAAGCAGGAAAAAGGCUCUGAUGUUGCUGAGAAGGUUAUUGUUGCCGUUAAGGCAUCAAAGGAAAUUCCCAAGACUGCUCUGGUUUGGUCUUUGACUCAUGUUGUUCAACCUGGGGAUUGCAUUACACUACUAGUAGUUGUUCCUUCACAAAGUUCAGGUAGAAGAUUAUGGGGUUUUCCGAGAUUUGCUGGUGACUGUGCCAGUGGCCACAAGAAGUCUGCUCCAGGAACAACCUCAGAGCAGAAGUGUGAUAUUAUCACCGAUUCUUGCUCCCAGAUGAUCCUUCAGCUUCAUGACGUCUAUGACCCAAAUAAGAAAAAUGUCAAGAUUAAAAUUGUCUCUGGAUCUCCUUGUGGAGCAGUGGCUGCAGAGGCCAAGAAAGCCCAUGUCAGUUGGGUCGUAUUAGACAAACAUCUCAAAAAUGAAGAAAAACGUUGCAUGGAAGAGUUACAAUGCAACAUUGUCGUUAUGAAGCAUUCCCAACCAAAAGUACUCCGCUUGAAUUUGGUUGGCUCGCGCAAAAAGGAUCCUGAAGAAGCAGGCCAAGUGUCUUCUGGGAAAGACGAGAUGCAUGGAAAGCAAACCAAAAAGAAGAAUGAUCGUUUGAAUUCCAUUAAAGGCCCAGUUGUCACUCCAACUAGCAGCCCAGAGUUGGGGACACCAUUCACGGCAACUGAAGCAGGUACUUCAUCGGUUUCAAGCUCUGAUAUAGGAACGUCACCAUAUUUCAUCCCAGAGACAAAUGGUGAAUUGAAGAAAGAGGAAACAAUCAAGGAAAAUCAAGAACUUGAUGAUAUUAAUUCAGACACAGAGAGUGAAAAUCUAUCCACAUCCUCAGCAAGCCUGAGAUUCCAGCCAUGGAUCACAGAAUUACUUCGACAUCAACAAUCAUCUCAGCGCACAGGAGAAAGACCAGAGAAACCAUACAAUAAGCCUCAUACGUCUACAACCAGAGCUUUGCUAGAAAAAUUCUCGAAGCUUGACAGAGAAGCUGGAAUUGAUACUUCAGCCAGAUGGACAACUGAGUUGGAUUUCAGUGGAAAUGUGAGAGACACAAUAGCAUUAUCCAGAAAUGCCCCUCCUGGACCCCCUCCAUUAUGUUCAAUAUGUCAACACAAAGCACCUGUUUUCGGAAAGCCUCCAAAGUGGUUCAGCUAUGCUGAGUUGGAGCUUGCAACUGGCGGAUUUUCACAAGCCAAUUUCUUGGCAGAAGGGGGAUUUGGAUCUGUACAUAGAGGGAUUCUUCCAGACGGACAAGUCAUUGCCGUCAAGCAGCAUAAAUUGGCCAGUUCUCAGGGUGAUCACGAGUUUUGCUCAGAGGUUGAAGUCCUAAGCUGUGCUCAGCAUCGAAAUGUUGUGAUGCUAAUAGGGUUCUGUAUAGAGGAUAAGAGAAGGCUGCUGGUUUAUGAGUAUAUAUGCAAUGGAUCACUAGAUUCUCAUCUAUAUGGGCGACAGCAAAAGCCGUUAGAAUGGUCAGCAAGACAGAAAAUUGCAGUUGGAGCUGCCCGAGGGUUGCGAUAUCUCCAUGAAGAGUGUAGAGUCGGUUGCAUUAUCCACCGUGAUAUGCGGCCAAACAACAUCCUUAUCACCCAUGAUUUUGAACCACUGGUAGGUGAUUUUGGGCUAGCAAGGUGGCAGCCUGACGGAGACACUGGUGUUGAAACUAGAGUAAUUGGAACAUUUGGGUAUUUGGCUCCAGAAUAUGCUCAAAGUGGACAAAUUACUGAAAAAGCUGAUGUUUAUUCCUUUGGAGUGGUAUUAGUGGAACUUGUUACUGGACGAAAAGCUGUGGAUCUUACUCGACCCAAGGGACAGCAGUGUCUUACUGAGUGGGCACGCCCACUGUUGGAAGAAUAUGCCAUAGAGGAACUGAUUGAUCCAAGGCUGGAAAAUCGCUAUUCAAGACAUGAGGUCAAUUGCAUGCUGCAUGCUGCAUCAUUGUGCAUUCGCCGAGAUCCUCAUUCUCGACCGCGUAUGUCACAGGUUCUCCGAAUAUUGGACGGUGACAUGAUCAUGGAAACAAAUUACAUUUCAAAUUCCGGGUAUGAUGUGGGAAGUCGGAGCGGUCGAAUCUGGGCAGGGCAGCACCAUUUCAGUGGUCCAUUGUUAGAAGAGUCGCUGGAAUCGUUCAGUGGGAAGCUGUCCCUUGAGAAAUACAGGACCUCCUCCCAUUGGACAAGAGACAAGGUUAGGAGGACUGCACGUGAAGACAUGUAAAGCGGUUCCCUACUCACAUUGAGGGUGGUCUCUCUAUCUCGAUAGGCCCUCCUCCUUUGUAGUUAUCUGUCUGUUUCUGUGGAUUGUCAUCUUUUUUUUUUUUUGCAUCUGUAAAGUAGAGGAAAUGAAAAGGAUAGAUAUAUAAAGCUCCCCCCCCCCUUUUUUCCCCUAAUUCUUUCAUGAAAUUUAGCUUUGCCGCCUAAAUGGCCUUGGUUCAGAUCUGACUCUUGAAAGCUACUUAUGGUCUUGAAGUGUCCAAAUAGCUUCUUGUAA